UGUACGAAUAAACAUGUUCUGUUAUUUGCAGAUUUUAUAUAGAUUUAUUUUAUAGCCAAUGCGAUGCUGUUGGGAAGCGAAUGUAUCGCGAAAGCGCUUGCAUAUAACUGCUGCAUCGUUUUAUUUUUAUUACUUGUCUGCCAUCCGGACUCGUCUAUAUUUGCAGAGGCACGCAGGCGAGGUAGUUCAAAAUCAUACAGGUUCAGAAAUGGUCACCAGAAGUGGCGAGAAUCAUCGGUGUUUCGCCAUAGACUAUCUAACCCAAAUAAGGAUGAUUCAAAUCACAAAAAAAUUGACAAUUUUAUGCCGCAACGAGCGCGGCCAACGGUUGAUGCAAGAACUGAGCGAAUAAGACAAGCUAUUUUAACUCUGCCAGAAUUAUCAAAACUUCUGGAUCCGCUAAGACACGCGUCAAAUAUAAAUGAUAUAUUUGCACCAGCGGACAAUUUUCACCUUAUGGGUACAGUAAGACGAAGAAGAUUAUAUUGUCGUGUGGGAAUGGGAUAUCAUUUAGAAAUUCGUCGAGAUGGAAGAGUAAUGGGUCGCCAUCGACCAACUCGUGAUGGUAUUUUAGAAAUCUUCAGCGUGAAGACCGGUGUUGUGGGAAUACGUGCAGUUGCCAGUCAACGUUAUUUAUGUAUGAAUAAACGCGGAAAGCUUUAUAGUUCGUCUCAAUUUAUUCAUGAAUGUGAAUUUCGGGAAAGAAUCGAAGAGAAUAAUUUUAAUACGUAUGCAUCAAACUCAUACAGUCAUCACGAGAAACGAACUGGGUACUACAUGUCGCUGACAAAAAGAGGAAAAUCUAAGAAGAGUAAAAAUGUUUCUGGGCGACAACAAAAGGCACAUUGGUUGCCGAGAAGUGUGAAUGACUGAUAAACAUUUGACAGUAAACCUAUAUAUCUCAAGAAGUGGGAAAUUCUUCGAAAGAAAAACGAGGGAUGGUGAAUUUAACACCAGGAAUAGCGAGUGAAAGCACACGCGAUCGCGGUGCGAAAAAGCGCGUAAAGGAGAGGGGUUCGAAUCCGCUGGCGGUUGCGACCCACACAGCACCGAACAUGCUUUGACAAUAUGCUACUAUGCUGCUUUGACAAUUUUGAAGGUUGUACAUAUAUAUCAAUGCAUACUGUAUGGCAUUUCAAUAACGAUUUCUCUAAAACAAACUCUAAAGAAACUAUCAAAUCAUUUAGUGCAUACUGUCUUGGCCAUGGUGGUGGUAUCCAUAUCUAUUAAGUUGAGAAGAAACGUACUGCCAAGUGCCAAUAAAAUGCCUUUUGCAAGAACUUGAAUAUGCACAAAACCAUGUUCAAACUAUUCAAAACACAACCAUCCACAAUAUAUUGCAAUUUUUCAUUUAUAAAUCGUGUGGAUUGUUGCAUUUUCUUCCACAUAACCACAUUUCUUCACAUAAUUUAUCACUGUGAUUUUCAUGAUAUAGUUUACUACACCGUGAACAAACUUAUUUGUAAAUUCACUGAAUUUUCACCGUGAAAGUGGCUACCGUAUUCGUCGACAUUUGCAUGGGUAAUAAUGGUUGCGAUGUGAUUCAUUCGAGCGUAGCCUACUUACAAAUGACAUAUUGAGUUACAGUACAACGCUUGUAAAUUUUUUGGUUAUUUAACCCCUGACCCCCCCAGUCGUGGCGAUACAGUUUUUCUUCAUAUAAUGUAAUUUUCAUACUAAUUACUAAAAAUACUAAAUAUCCAUUCCACUUAAUAUUAUAUGAUUUUCUUUCUAAUUGUGGUCAUGGAUUGCCUUAAAUCCCCGCACUUUAAUAUUUUCACAAUACCAACUUGGACAACAAUUUCGAACGAAGCCUUCCAAAUCAUUUAUUUUUCCACAGUAUAAAUUAUCAUUUGACAAGGCACCAUUUUCGUCCCUCAUAGAAUUCAUGAUAUUUUAUUUGGACAUUACAAAUUUGAAGAGAGAGCUUGAAAAGAUUGUGAAAAAUACCCACAAGAAUUUAAAACUGAUCUAUCUCUUAUGACAUACACUGUCCUAUAUUCCACAUAAGAUACAACUAGUUUGAAUGUUUGAAAAAAAUAAAUGUGUUUUUCCGGUACUUGGUUUGAUGAAUUGUGCAAAAUCGGGAGUUUUUAUUUUAUUCUGUAAAUAUUUUUGUAUUAAUGUAAUUGAACUAUCGAUCUAGCGCAUUUUGUACACUG